GCAUUGUCUUGUAUCAAAUUCGAACACUAUUGCAAAGUAACUAUAUUAUAUAUUGCGAAGUCGACUGUUUGAAAAACUGCAAAAUGGCGCUCAUAACGAAGUACUGGAUCCUGGAUGGCAUAAUAAUUCUCAUAACUCUCAUUGUAAUCGCUUACAAUGCUUACCUUUACAUAACUCGCAAUUUCAAGUACUGGGAAAAACGAGGUGUUCUGCAAAUACCGCCAACGCCAUUCUUUGGCAAUUUCAAAGAGUGUCUAUUCCUGAAGAAAUCCCCAUCAUACUUUUUAAAAGAACUCUACGAGCGAAAGAAGGAUGUACCUUAUAUAGGUUUCUACAUUUUUAACAAGCCCUUCUUGUUGCUUCGCGAUCGCAAAGUCAUUCGGCACGUCCUCACAGCAGAUUCUAAUUUUGACAAUCGAUACUCCUCGGCCGAUCCAAAGGAUCGUAUUGGUUACGCCAAUCUCUUCUUCACGAGAGAAGAUCACUUUAAAUGGAAAGACAAAAUAAUGCAAUUUUUUUUUAACGAUGAUGUACAGAUGUAUGCAUUUGACCUGAUGCUAAAAUGCGGAAAACAUUUAGAUGAAUAUCUUGACUCAUUGGAAUUAAAUGGUAAUGGACAAAUAAUAGACGUAAUGGACGUAAGUACAAAAUUUACCAUGGAUGUGAUAUGGAGCAUUGCUUUUGGACGCGAUGACGUGAACACGUUUCAAAAUCCAGACUCCGAUUAUAGCAGACAUGCCAAAACGAUGUUAGAAAAUAAUUAUAGGCGCACCUGGAAGAUGCUCGCAAUAUUCUUCCUACCAAAUCUAACUCGUUUUCUUAAACUAAAAGUGUUUGGUAAGAAGACAACCGAUUUUAUGCGCAAAAUUUUCUGGGAGACAAUGCUGGAUCGCUAUAAGCGCCAUUAUAAGAGAUACGACCUCAUUGAUAUUCUAGUCGACAUCAAGUGGAAUGAUCCUCUCAAAUGGAGAUACAUUGAAAAUUUCAGACUUGGACAUGUCGAAGAGGAUGAUCUUUUGGCACAAGCAGCUAGUUUCUUUUUAUUUGGUUUUGAAACCAUCUCAACGACUGUGGCCUUCGCAUUGUAUGAACUCGCAUUGCAACCUAAAAUUCAGAACACUCUAAGAAAUAAAAUACUCCAGGUACUGAAGAAAUCCAAAGGAAGAGUUACACAUACCAUGGUAUGGUCAUUUCCGUAUCUCGAUAUGGUGGUCUCAGAAACUUUGAGAAUGUACCCGCCAUUGGGAUUCCUAAAUUACAUGGCUAAGAAAAAUUAUGAAGUGCCGGAGCACAAUCUCGUAAUUGAGGAGGGUACGCCGGUUUUCGUUUCGUUACUUGGCCUACACUAUGAUUCAAACAAUUUUCGCAAUCCUAAUAUAUUUGAUCCGGAGCGAUUUAACGAGACAAACAAACGUAACAUACCGGAAGACGUCUAUAUCCCAUUCGGAAGAGGCGAACGUUUUUGUAUGGCCGAGAAAUUCGGACUUGUUCAAACGAGGUUAGCCCUGUUUAAGAUAUUGAGUAAAUACAAGGUGACACGGUGCGAGAAAACUUCGAUACCAGUAAGAAUUGAUCCAAGAGGACCCAUGACAGUGCCAUUAAAUAAUGUAUUAUAUCUCAAGGUCCAGAAAAUUAACCCUUUAGGGACCUGU